GUCCAUAACGUCGAUUCCCGUCUCGGCGUACAGAGCGCGAUGAAAUUAUAGUUCGUACACUGAACACAGAUGUCAGUAGCAAUUAUAGCCUCUGUGAAGAGUUACUGAUUUUGUGAAUUUUUGUGAUAUCGUCAGACACGCUGAAGUAUUUCGAAGCCAAACAAUGACUUAUAAAAGGAAAAAAUAUCAUAAAGGCGAUACACAUUUGAAGAAGAAAUGGAGAACGAAGCGCCGAACGAAAGACCUUGAUGAGAUUGAUGAGGAUAUGAAAGAAAAGAAUGCAAAACUGCUACUAAAUCAAGAAAUAGAUUUGGAUAAACCUGGAAAUGCACAGUUUUAUUGUUUGCAUUGCGCGAGGUAUUUCAUUGAUGAAUCUGCACUGACUGAUCAUUUCCGGACGAAAGUUCACAAGCGUAGGCUGAAAGCUCUUGAACUGGAACCAUACACCGUAGAAGAAUCAGAGAGAGCUGCUGGCAAAGGCCAGUACCAACCUCCCAAGAGAAGGAAGAUUGAAACACAGAGUACAGGAGAUGAUACCUGUGUUGAAUCUGGUGACAGAAUGACUGAUUAAAAUAGUCAUUUCUGUAAACACUUUAGAAAAAUAAUCGAAAAUGAUAUUUGCCUCCCACUUAAUGAAAUCUGUAUGUGGAUGCAGUAUGUUAUUACGAACAUACUGCAGCUCAACUUUAUUUGUUACAGGUAAUAAAGCACAUAAAACUGCA